CUAUUCGCAAAUUAAACCCUACCCGAACCCGCACAGCUCUUUCUCGCUCUCGCGCCUCUCUCUCGCACCUAUCGAUCGAGCCCCCUCCACCGCCGGCGUCGCCCUCUUUCAGCGCCGCCGUCUUCCAUCCGCCGGAGUCGUCCAUUGCCCAGUCCGUCAUCGUCUCCCCCUCGCUUCUUCUCCUCGCCUUCGAUUCGACAACCGCCUCCAAGCCCGACGCCGGCGUUCCUCCUUCGUCGCAGUCCUUCCGCCGCUCCACUGCUCUGUCCGCAAUAUUUUCAUUAUACUUCUUAUGUUAAUCCAGGUCUUUGUGUCGACUAGAUCAACUCUUACUAUUCACCACAUCCACAACCAACUCUACAUGGGUUCAUGAGAUGAGAUAGUGGUGGUCUGAAUGACAAACUAUUGGAAAGGCAUGUGGUUAGGUAGCAAGAAUGCAUUGAGAUAUUUAGAGGCUGUUUCAAAAUUCUCAAGUUUGCAAUGGGUUGCCCAAUCAUCUUCCUAUUCAGAUAUUCCUUACAAGAAAAAGAAGAUAGCACCUCUACUGGAGCGCAAAAUGAUAGAUCGAUUUAGCUUAUGGGCUAAAGGAGGUGAUGGAGGCAAUGGUUGUUCCAGCUUUCGUCGCAGCCGCCAUGAUCGCCGAGGGACCCCUGAUGGUGGGAGUGGUGGGAGAGGUGGUGAUGUAAUCCUUGAAUGUUCAACGGAUGUUUGGGAUUUCAGCAGUUUACAACACCAUGUUAAUGCAAAGAGAGGAGGGCAUGGGGCUCCCAAAAAUAUGAUUGGAAGCCGAGGAGCCGAUAAGGUUGUUUUGGUGCCUGUCGGCACUGUUAUUCAUCUUUUAGAGGGAGAACUUCCUUCCGCUGUCGAGAAGAAGUCAUCUGGAGCUACAGAUCCUUGGGACAUUCCUGGUAAACUUGAGUCCACUUCUUCUGAAUCUUCUCAACAAUCUUGUACCAAUAGAACCGUGGAUUCGGAGAAUGCUGGAAUUGAUGACAAGAGUGCACCCCUGCUGAGCAACCAAACCUUAAAGAGAUCUCCGCGCGCUCCACAGAUGAAGGGUUCUCGAUUUUCACCUCCAAUAGCUAAAACCAAGAACAAUCCCGAAGCCAGUUCAUUUCAGAAGGUAAAAGCCUAUAGUGUUCAGGAAGAAUCGGAAGGUGAAGCAGAUAUAUCUGGACCUGAGAGUGAUGAAAAUUCCGACAGGGAAGAUCACGAAGGGACAGAUGAUAUACAAUACAAUGUUGCUGAAUUAACAGAGCCUGGUGAACGUGUAACUGUCGCUUUAGGAGGCGGUGGCGGCUUUGGCAACGUGCAAUCUUCUAAGCGUUCUAAAAUGUCCAUGACCACAGAUUCAAAAGUCGACCUCCCUGAUAAUGAAGACACCAUUCCAAGUCAUGUUGGAUUUCCCGGUUCUGAAACCGUCUUAUUGCUAGAACUCAAGAGUAUUGCUGAUGUGGGCUUUGUAGGGAUGCCAAAUGCCGGUAAAAGCACACUUCUUGGAGCUUUAUCGAGAGCUAAGCCCGUAGUUGGCCAUUAUGCCUUCACUACCUUAAGGCCCAAUCUAGGGAACUUAAAAUACGACGAUAUUUCCAUCACUGUAGCCGACAUCCCUGGGCUCAUAAGGGGAGCACAUGAAAAUCGAGGGCUUGGACAUCAUUUUUUACGCCAUAUCGAACGCACCAAGGUCUUGGCUUAUGUCGUGGAUCUGGCUGCGGCCACAGAUGGUAGAAAGGGCAUACCUCCAUGGCAACAACUGAAAGAUUUGAUGCUUGAACUGGAGAUGUAUCGGGAGGGCUUGUCAGAUCGACCGUCGUUGGUUGUGGCCAAUAAAAUCGACGAGACGGGGGCUGCCGAGGUAUACGAAGAAUUAAAACAGAGGGUGCCUGGUGUCCCAAUCUUCCCAGUUUGUGCUGUUUUGGAAGAAGGAAUUCCAGAGUUGAAAGCUGGGCUGAAAAUGCUUGUCAAUGGAGAAGAGAAAUUUGGUACACUCAAACUAGAUGUACUCGGGAGGAUCGUCGCCGCCGUCGUCAGCCAUCAUUAGCGGCGGAGGGCUCAUCCCCGGCGGAAUAUCCUGGGGCAGUGGCGGAAACUGGAAGCCCGGCAUUGGCGGGAACGGGAACGGGAAUUGGGGCAGCGGGAAUGGCAAGUUUGGCAUCGGAGGGAACUGGUAGGGGAACGGGAACUGAAAGGGCUGUGCGGCGGCGGAGUUGGCCGUCAGGAGGAGCGCCGCCGCCGUCAGGACCAUCAACAGUUUCGCCAUUGCUGAAGAACUCAGGUGUGUAUUGUAUGUAUGUAUGUGUGUGAGAGAGAGAGA